AUGCCAAACAUUGAACCACAUUCGUAUAAAUUGUACUACGCCUAUGGUUUUGUUCCAAUCUUUCUUUUCUUCUUAGCACGAUAUGUUUACCAGACCCUGGCUUCGCCUCUGCGCAAUGUGCCAGGCCCAUUCCUUGCUCGUUUUACGCGACUGUGGGAGCUUCAGUCUAUCCGCAAGCAUGACAACCCAACGUUGAACAUCGCGCUACACGAGAGAUAUGGCAAGUUGGCCCGUCCUGUUGUGCGCCUCGCACCGAACGGAUACAGUCUGAACAGCAGCGAAUCCGCGAAGGUCAUCCUUGGUCACCGCAACGGUCUUGACAAGUCAAAAUAUUACCAUCCAUUUGGCCUGGCGAGUGUCUUCAAUGUCUUCACAGAAACGAGGUUAUCGGUGCAUGCCACAAUCAGACGCCCGUUGGCACAGCUGUACUCACAAACAGCACUCCUUUCCUACGAGCCCUUUGUUGACACAUGUAACUCUCUCCUGCUUAAGAGGCUCGAAGAGUAUGCCGAAAAUGGUGAGACUAUGGAUCUCCGGGAUAUGAUGCAAUUCUACGCCUUCGAUGUCAUUGGUGAAAUCACAGUUGGAACACGGUUUGGCUUCAUGGAGGUUGGUGACACAACCGGCAUCAUCACUGCCAUCGAAAAGGGCACCACAUACGCCUGCUUCAUGGGAUUGCUACCUGAAUGGCACUGGUGGGUAUCAAAAUUGUCUGAAAUCCUAAAACGGCAGCCAGGCUUCAAGAAAGUAGUCAACUUUGUGUGCCACCAUGUGGACAAUCGCAUCUCAGGACGUACCAAGUCGCCUGGAGACCACAGCGACUUCCUGGACAAGAUGCUGCGUGUGGAGAAAGAAGGCAAAGCUACACGCUUUCACAUCGAAGAAGCUACUAUACAAAAUAUCAAUGCUGGUUCCGAUACUUCGGCUAUCGCCCUUACCACAGCCAUCGCCCACCUAUGCGUCUACCCCAACACCCUCGCCGCUCUCCGCAACGAACUCGAUGCUGCUGCUGCUGCUGCUGCUGCCGGUAGCCUAUCUGACCCAGUGACCUUCCAAGAGGCUCAGAAACUUCCUUACCUCCAAGCAGUCAUCAUGGAAGCCUUGCGCAUCCACCCCGCCGUUGGGGCGCCAUUGACCCGCGUAGCUGGCCCGGAAGGCCUUCAGAUUGAUGGGUAUUACUUCCCACCCGGCACCGAAGUCGGUGUCAAUGCCUGGGCUGUCCACAACAACACAUCCAUCUUUGGUCCGGACGCACACGUUUUCCGCCCAGAGCGCUGGCUCACAGAGAACAAGGAGGAGCGCGCGGUGCUGGACAGAAACCUCCUCAGCUUCGGCAACGGUGCGAGAACAUGCAUCGGGAAGAACAUUAGUUUGAUGGAGAUGAGCAAGGUCAUUGCCCAUAUUGUUCAGAAGUACGAUUUUGACCUUCAGCCGAAUGAUCAGGGUCAGAAGUUUAGCUGGAAAACGAGGUGGUUUGCAAAGCCGAUUGUACAUGCCGUAGUCAAAAGACGUUCACGAGGUUAG